AUGUUGCUGAAUCGUAUCUUAUCAAAGAAUGUUAAACUCUCCAUUAAUCGUGCGUUUCAUUCUAAUACAUUGGAAUAUGCUAAAGCAGCUACCUUAUCUCCAUUAACUUAUAACAAGGACUCAGUUCAAUAUAAAAUUCUAUCCAAUGCUCUUAAUAAAUGGGUUCCAAAGAAGGGCUUUACUGAUGAAGCAAUUACAAGUUCGUUGAAUGAAUUGGACCUUUCAUCAUCAUUGUUUUCUGUCCUUGGAUCAUCAAAUAGCCCCUCGAUUUUCCGUUCCAUUUCACCUGCUGUUAUGGAAUUACUUAAAUUCCAAUUGGUCUCUAAAAGAUAUCAAUUAACAGAAAAUAUAACACCAUACAUUGAGACUGCGAAGGAUAAGUUACCAUCUUUAGAAACACUAUUGAUUGAAAGAUUGAAAAUGGAUCAACCACUUAAUAAUCAAUUAUCAAGUUUAUUUAAUCAAUUGAUUAUUCCAAGUCCAUUGUUAUUUAACGUUGCAUUACCUGAAUUAUUUAAUCUAUCAGAUGAUUUAAUAUAUUUUUCAAAUGAAAAGGAUCAUCACGAUAUGGCAUGGUAUGCCAAAAGAUUAGGCGUUAGUUGCGCAUAUGUCAGUAGUAAAUUAUAUAUGGUCAAGAAUAAUGGAGAAAAUUUCGACAAGACCAUUGAUUUUGCAAAGGAUAAAUUACACCGUAUUAUGAAUUUGGGCGAAUAUUAUAAUAAUACAGAGGAAUAUGCAUGGUAUACUUUAAUGGUCUCAAUGAACCUUGUUAAAGCGAGAUUGGCUAGAGGUUAG